GGUGACACUUCAAUUGUUACCUACUCCUUACGUACGGUAUAAGACAAUCCAAAAAAAAUACGAAAUUCAUUUCCCCGCAACCGACGGCGGCAGCUUCCUCAUGAGUAUUCGCCCUGCUUUUCACGGCGGCGCCGGAUCGUCGAAUUCACCGCCUUCUACUCCUCCGCCCAGCGCCGCCCCGCCGCGAAUCGGAGACUUCGAUCCGGACUUCGUCGUCAUCCUCGCCGCUCUUCUCUGCGCAGUAAUUUGCGCCCUCGCCUUAGCCGCCGUCGCUCACUGCGCCUGGAUCCGCCGGAUCUCUGGCCGAGACGCCGCCGCUUCGCCGCCGCAUGCCAACAGGGGCCUGAAGAAGAAGAUCCUCAAGUCGCUCCCCAAGGUCAAUUUCUCGCCUGAGCUCGCCGCCGAAUUCUCCGAGUGCGCCAUUUGCCUGGCGGAUUUCGCCGCCGGAGACGAGCUCCGGGUGCUCCCGCAGUGCGGUCACGGGUUCCACGCCGGAUGUGUUGACACCUGGCUCGGAUCUCACUCUUCGUGUCCGUCUUGCCGGCAGCUCCUGGUGCCGCCCCGGUGCCAGAAGGGCGGGGAAUCGCCGGCGGCGACAUGUUCGGCUGUCGAAUACUUAGCCGACAACAGAUUUGCUCCCAAUAGUGUUUAUCACGUAAAUCCCUUUUUACCUUAAUUUACCUUAAUCAGUUUACUGCCUUUGCUUUUGUACUUUUAUACCGUCAAAUAAUAAAUUGCACAUAACUCACUUUCUUUGGAUUAAUAGCCACUUUGACCAGAUACGAAAAUAAAAAAAAUGACAGUACAAAUGUACAACAGUAAACAAAACAAUGAAAUAUUCUAAAAUAAUGUUUAAUAGAUAAUUUAAAUCAAAAAUGGUAAGUUUG